GGCCGCUCGACUUGAAAGAGUCGCUCCUCGUUUUUCUAUUUUCAACCGCCAAGAUGUGCCAAUGGGCGAGGUAUGCUCAGCUUGCACUGCUCAUACAAUGGUGUACUUUGAUCGAACUCGUCUACUCAGAAUUUGAUAUCAUCCAAGUGACGUCAACGCAGUGCUCGACCACCGCAGAGUGCACGGAGAACGCUGAGUGCUCGAGACCACACGGGGUGUGCUUCUGCCGACGCAACUUCGUUUUCUUUGAAGACCUAUGCUUGCCAGUCGCGGAGAAGAUCGGUGACGCCUGCACUGCUGACAUUCAGUGCCAGUACAGUUUCGGCGCAGAUUCUGAAUGUUUCAACGCCUCGGACUCGGAGACUGGAAAGUGUCGCUGUAAAAUCAACAGUCACUUUGGCGAAGGGAAGUGCCACAUCUCAAGACUUUUGGGCGACAGGUGCGUUUCCCGCAGCGACUGCUACCUUCGCGGCGGCGGCAGCGUCUACUGUGUCAGCGGCGUGUGCAUCUGCCACCAGGACUAUCAUCCCAACAAAGCCAGGGACCAGUGCCUCCGCAGCAUAGAGCUUGGUUCAUCAUGUGCGAGUGACGAGGAGUGCAUCGCAAACUCUGCGAAAUGCUACGGCGAGUGCAGCUGCCCUGCGGCAGCCGUGCCAGCACCUGAUCGCAGGAGGUGCUUGCCUGUUGCUCACGAGCUGAACGACUCUUGCGAGGUAGACGCCCAGUGCCUGCAAUUUCUUCCGCUGACCGAGUGUAAGCAGGCCGAGUGUACGUGCUCUCCAGGAACCCAUCGAAUGGACGACAAGUGCUGGCGAACGAAGAAUUUGAAUGCCGUGUGCGAGGACUCGAGGGAAUGUGGCCUUUCCGGUACUAUGAUCUGCUCUUCCAAUGCGCGCUGCAGGUGCGCCCCUGACCACCAUCCCAAAGACAAGUUUGGAUGUGUACCCAAUUCCGCCUCUGCCGGCACUUCAGCAGCCUCCCUGCUCCUUUAUUUGAUUAGCGGGCUGAUUUUAUUUAUCCUCGCCAAUUAUUCAUGAGCGACGGUGCGUCGACAGCAUCAGCAGCAGCAGCAAAAGAAAAUAAAAAUACGAAACAUCUUCAGUGACUAGUGGUGCCGCGCGCAUCCAACAGGUAGUAGCAAAGGGUUGAGGAAGAAAGAAGAGCGAAAGCCCUUCGUUGCGGCUGACGCACAGGCAGUCAAAUUGAUCCAAAUGAAAACGGCUUUUAAUGAAACGAGGCAAUAAAUUCGCGAUGAAAAGAACGUCGGCCACCAGCACCACCCCCGACUUUAGUUGCUGGAACUAAUUUUGCAUGCAAAUGAGUUGGGCGCGCGCGGAGGAGCAGUUUUCGCUUCGCGCAGCUUGUGGCAGGUGAUUUUCUUCGUCAUGUGACGGCGAUAAUUGCUCCUCGCCAAAAACUUUCAGCGACACGUUCUUCGCAGCACUUGUGCGGUGGGAAUUCGUGUGGACAUCUUGAAGAAAACUCGUGAGUGUGUCUGUCAAACCGAGUGUGGUUCAUUUGUUGCUGAUCCAGUAUUUUUCCCAGUUAUCUUAAUCCUUUUCUACAGCUUGUAUACUCGCGUGGAAUAAAACUUUUCUAAUUGUCUCUUUCUCCGACUCCUGCAUUUUUCAGUGUCGCGCAUCAUGAGCCUCCUUUGUAAUCCUAGUCGAUUUAAGUUUUCCUCCGAGUAGGACAGAGAGUAAUUCGAGCAAUUUCGUUAUUAUACCCAAUAAAAGGAUCAGCACGGCGAAUGGAGGCUUCAGGUUGGAUUUAAUAAAAAAGGGAAGGAAGCCAACUUUUAAUCUCCCUCCAACAGAAAAGCUUAGCCUUCUGUGUUCCGACUGAUUGCGGAGUGAAAGAGAGAAAAAAAAUAAAGGUACUUAUUUCCCUUCACGUUUGUAAUCCAGUGCUUCACGUUGAUCUGAUCCUGAGAUACACUUGUGUUUGAUCGAAUAUGCAAAUAAAUACGUGCCCUCUAAUUUUA